UGUAGAUUAUGCUGUAAUGGACAAGUCGCUGAUUGUGGUCGCUGUAAUCUUACAGAAGUCCCACAAGAUUUACCUGACAACAUUACACACCUUCUUUUAAAUUAUAAUAAUAUCUCUAGCAGCGCCCUCUACCCUGGAGUGUUAGCCAACUAUUCCAAACUCCUCGUCCUUCAGAUGGAUUGCAAUAAUCUCACAGUUCUACCUGAAGGACUAUUUUAUGGUUUGAGCUCUCUAAUUCAACUCAGUCUUUACAACAACAACAUUUUGAUGGACUCGGCACUAAAUAGGUCAACCGUGUUUGCUCCGUUGGGAAACACUUUAAAGAUUCUUGUCAUGAACAGGAACAAUCCCAACACGUCAUCAGACCAGUUGAUGUACCCAGACUUUGCCCUGUCUUUUCUGACCAAACUGACCGUACUGCACAUGGAUGGGCUGAUGAACAAGACGUUUGAUCAAGGGUUCUCAAACUUAAAAGAAUUGAGGAAUUUAAAAUUGGCAGGUUUCAAGUGUGGCUAUUGUAACAUCCAUUUACUAAGUAACGAAACAUUUCAGUUCUUGACAAGUCUGCACGACCUAAACGUGUCUGAUUGUGGAAUACAAGGGAAAAUCAUUGAAAAUGGUGCUUUUGAGAAAUUAACAGAGUUAAGGUCCUUGGAUGUAUCUAAUAAUUUUGAUCUUGGCCUUUCCGCUCUCGGUAACGUCAUGUAUAGUUUUAGAAACAGUCCAAAUUUACGUCAUUUAAAAUUGCAAAAGAUCGGGACUCGCUUUGCUGCUUGUAUUGUUGUCUACAAACACACACUGCGACAUUUCAAGAACACUAGUCUGGAGGUGAUUGAAGCCAUGGACAAUGAGAUUGAGAUGAUUGAAUUUGGGGCCAUUCAAAUGUUGCCCACGACACUAAGGAUACUCAACCUCACCAACAACAGAAUCAUGUUUGGUGCCUACUGGAGGGACAUGGGCUACCUGAAAGGACUUCAAAGCUUACACUUGGACGGCAUUCCUACCCCUUAUAGAUUCGCACCCAAUUUUCCUACAAAAAUCCUUCACUGCAAAACACCGCCUACCGAGGACGAUAGCGAUAUUAAAGGAGAGCCUGACGAUCCUUUCAUCCUGCCGUUGCCACCAACUUUAACCGAACUCACCAUGCACAGCAACUCACUGGCGUACAAAGUGAACAACAUUAGCUUUAGUGACAACAACAGCUUGGAGCAUGUUGAUAUUAGUGGUAACAUGUUCAAUUUUUUAAUUGGUCCUGUCACGGGACUUCACAGUCUCAAAAAUUUGUCAAUGUCAAGCUGUUUUAUAGAAACUAUCGAAAAUUCGUUCUUCAAAACUCUGACAAACCUACAAUAUCUGAAUCUUUUUCAGAAUAUGCUAGGAGACUGUCUGAACAAAAAUAAUGAUAUCUUUGAGCCUUUGAUUAAUUUAACUUAUUUGAACAUUUCUUUCAACAACUUAUACCGUCUUAGUAACGAAAGCUUCAAAUCUUUGAGAAGAUUAGAAAUUUUAGAUUUAUCCACUAACAGACUUGGCAAUAUUCACUUUAGUAUAGCGCACAUGCCAAACUUGAAACUUUUGGAUCUUCAUAAAAAUCAGAUUGGUUCAUUACAUAAACACAUUCGAACAGCCAUCAACGGACUCCUGGCCGCUAACAAAACUUUUCACAUGGACAUGCGGAACAACCCAAUCCUCUGUGAAUGCGACAACCUGGAGUUCCUAGAGUGGGUUGUAGAGACCAAUAUUUUUGGUGCCCCAUCUGAGGAUUAUUAUUGCAAAUAUGACAGUGCUAAUCAGGUUUCAGUGGAGAUGCCAGACGGGUAUGAAGACGAAGUGAGAAAACUGCGACGGAUGUGUAAAACAAAUGUUGGACUAUUUGUCGCCGUGGUUGGCGCCACAUUAGCUGUCUUGGUGUCUCUUCUAGGGGUCAUUAUGUACAGAUUCAGGUAUAGACUGUGUGUUCUAGCGAACUUUUUAUAAAUCAUUAAAUUGUUCAAAGUUUUUUUGACAUUAUCAUAAAUAAUUAGUUUCAUGUGAUGUAUAUCUUGGUCAUUUGUUUGUUGGGGGUUGGGGGGGGGGUUUGAGAGGUCGGAAACAAGCAUAUCCGUAAAUUUGUAAAUGUAUUCUUCACAUUGUUUCUUGUUUUUUAAAAAUAUAACCUAUUUUGUAGCCAUUCCGUUGGAAGGAGCUGCAAAUGGUUUUGAUUACCGCAUGUGGUACGAUUCAAAAGGCAAGUCUCUAUCGUAUGGAACUGGUUUCUUAUGUCUAAGGUCCCAUUGUUAUCUCUGCACAAGAGAUAUUGUCUUAAUAUUUAAACAGGCAAAAUAGUUAAAGUCAAGCCUAAAUAUAGUAUCACUUUCCAGGUGGACGCUAAGAUAUUGGUACCAUGCUGCCAAGUUUUAUGUCAAUCACAAAGCAAGCCCAGAGAUGUAUGAAUACGAUGUGUUCAUCAGUUAUGAGAACGGGGAUGUCAAAUUUGUGUUGGAGGUUAGAGGUCAUGUUUCCAACCUUUUCCUUGCUGUUUUUUCAUGUAAUAAAAUUUGAAAUACAUUAAAUAUGAUUAAGUUAACAAAUGUUGCUCGGGUUACUGUGUAACAGGAGGGUAAAAUAAUAGUGUAGUAUAUUCAAUGUCAAAAAUGUUUUUGUAAUUGUGCAACAACUUCUUUCAGAAUAAAUGUUUGAAAUGACACAACUGUUGAUUAUUUCAGGAGUUGUGCCCAAAGCUGCGAGACGAGAGAAAGAUCAAGGUUUUGAUUCAUGGGGAAAACUUCCAAGUCGGUCGUCAAAUCGCUGAUAACAUUUACAUGGCAGUCACUCAAUGUCGUAAAACUUUGGUCAUUUUGACGCGGCGUCUGCUGGCCAGCAAAUGGUGCACGUAUGAACUACAAGUGAGUCACAAAGAUGUUUUA